AUGUUCUUCAGCCACUCUGCGACGGAGUGCAAGCUGAGUGACACUUGUGACGGCAUCAACUCGUUCGAGAUGGACUUCACAAUCUACCACUUGGCGUUGACCGUAGCGCCCAUCUUCGUGCCAGAGGUCCCGAGACAUGCGCCCACCCCGCUGGUCUACACGCUGUGGAAUGCGGUCGAGAUAUGCAAAGGAACUCCACUGGCAUUUCCCACCGCAGCGGACCUCCAGGCCUGCGGGGUCGCCUGCUUGGCUCAGUUGGGCUGCGCGUUCUUCAGCUUCUCGAGCAGCUCCAGAGGCUGCCAGCUCACCUCGUCGUGCGACAGGAUCAGGUGGAUGACAGACUGCGUGAUCUACGAGCUGGGCGCGCGGUGA